AUGAACAAACAGAGCAAAAUGAAUAAACAGAGAAAACAGAUUUUAAAAGGUCAUUAUAAUACUACUUGUAAUUUUUACAAAAAAUAUUGGCAUAAAGGAUUACUCGAAGAAUGUAAAAAUCAUUUAGCAAACUUAUGUUCAAAAGUACAAUCAGAAGUUCGAGAUUUAUUUUUAAAAAAAAUAUUAAAAUAUAAUUUAAAAAAAUCAAAUAAAAAAAGAAAACUUAAUGAAAAACAAUCACAAACAAAAGUUAGUAAUUUUAUUGAAAGUACAAAAUUAACUGAUGAAAGAAUUAAAGAUAUCAAUCAUGCACUAAUUAAAACUUUUGUAAUAUCUCAAGAAAUAACUAUUACAAAUCAAAAAGUUAUUAUAGAAAUAAAUAGUCAAGACAAUUUAACUUUAUGUCAAAUACUUAAAGAUAUUGCAAAUGAAAAAGUAGUUAAAGGAGAUCAUAUUUGUCAACUUGCAAUAAAACUUUUUACAAUUACUCCUUAUGCUGCUGGAUGUGAAAGAAUUUGGUUAAGACUUGGAUGGUAUUAUGGAAAAAGAAAAACUAGUCUUUCUUUAGAUAAACUUGAAAAUAUGCAAAAAUUAAUUGCAUUUUAUAUUUCUAAUAUAAAAAAAGAAUUACCAUAUUAUGGUAACAAUAAAGUAACAGAAGAAUUACAAAAAAUAAUAUAUGAUGUACAGUUAUUUAAUAAUGAAAAUGAUAUUAAUGAAAAUGAUAAUUAUGAAAAUAUUAAUUUUGAAGAAGAAGAUAGACUUGAAAUUGAAGAUUUAGUUAAUUUAGAUGCAAAGAUAUUUGAAACAAAUAAUGUUUUUGUAUAUGUUGAUAAUAAUAAUUUUAUUGUAAUAACUGAAAAUAAUGAAAAUAAUGAAAAUAAUAGUAAUAUUGAAUAUGAAAAUUGGAAUCCCAAUGAAGCUAAACCUUCGAAUUUACCAAACAACAAAAAAAUGUCAAUGAGAUUACCACCAGUUAUUAUGGACAAUGGAACGGGGUACACGAAGCUUGGCUUCGCGGGUAAUAAUAACCCCUCUUUCGUAUUCCCCACGGUCAUAGCAACACGGGACUCGUCUGGAACUGGUGUAUCUGGUGGCUCGGUGACUGCAAAAUCUUCGGGAAGCCUUGCUUCAAAACGUGGUAUUGAGGAUCUAGAUUUUUUUAUCGGGAAUGAAGCACUUUCUAAUUCAAAAACAUACGGUUUACAUUAUCCCAUUCGACAUGGUCAAAUUGAUAAUUGGGAUCAAAUGGAAAGGUUUUGGGAACAGAGCAUUUUUAAGUACUUAAGAUGUGAACCGGAAGAUCAUUAUUUUCUCCUGACAGAACCACCACUUAAUGCACCCGAAAAUCGAGAACAAACGGCCGAAAUAAUGUUUGAAUCUUUUAAUAUUCAAGGACUUUACAUUGCUGUUCAAGCUGUAUUGGCUUUGGCAGCUAGCUGGGCUUCGAACAGGACAUCGGAUUUUGUAUUAACUGGUACGGUUGUUGAUAGUGGCGAUGGUGUUACUCACGUUAUUCCUGUGGCGGAAGGGUAUGUAAUUGGAUCAUCAAUUAAACAUAUUCCAAUUGCAGGCCGUGAUAUCACGUAUUUCGUUCAACAACUUCUUCGUGAUCGGAAUGAAACUUCCAUUCCGCCAGAGGAUUCAUUGAAAGUGGCAGAAAAAAUUAAAGAAUUAUAUUCAUAUGUUUGCCCAGAUAUUGUCAAUGAGUUUAAAAGAUAUGAUCACGAAGGUGAUAAAUAUUUUAAAAAAUAUCAAGGAAUACACAGUGUGACUGGACAGUCAUAUGAAGUUGAUGUAGGAUUUGAACGUUUUUUGGGACCUGAAAUAUUUUUUAAUCCCGAGAUUGCAUCAUCAGAUUUCUUAACACCUCUCCCUGAAGUAGUUGAUAAUAAUAUUGUACUUUCAGGUGGAUCAACAAUGUUUAAAGAUUUUGGUAAACGCCUUCAACGAGACAUUAAGCGGGAAGUUGAUGGUCGUAUUAAAAAAAGUGAAGAAUUAAGUGGCGGUUUAAUAAAGUCAAAACCUAUUGAUGUAAACGUUGUCUCUCACAAAAAGCAACGAUAUGCUGUUUGGUUUGGUGGUUCAUUAAUUGCUAAUAUGGGUGAAUUUUAUUCAUAUUGUCACUCAAAAGCUGAAUAUGAAGAAUGUGGGCCAAGCAUUUGCCGGCACAAUCGAGUUUUCGGAUCUAUGAAUUGA